UUACUGGAAGAAAUGGGCGAGCGCAUUGAUGACCUCGAGAAGCACGUUGCUGACCUGAUGAAAGAAGCCGGGAUAGAAAACACUGAUGAAGAGGUGAUAGUAAGGAAACUUAAUUGA